AUGUUACUUGAUUCUAAGAAUUUACCUUUUUGUGUACGAUUUCGAACAGAAAAAAUUCUUUCAUCGAAGAUUCGAUAUUUCGACGUAAUUAUUCUCAUUCCCAAUCUCAUUUUUCUUUUCUUCAUUAUUAUUAAAUGGAUUCGAAAACGUACUAAAUUAAAUACAAAUAAGCCAUUAUUAUUAAGUAUUACUUGUUUACUUCUUUCUGUAAUAUUAACGAAUAUAUUACGAUGUUUAUUUGUUAUGAUAUUUUCUAAUCAAUCAUUUCAUGCUCAAGAAAUUAUUGUUAAAAUUUUUUGGUUACUUAUUCGAUUUGCACUUUUGUGGACAGAAUUAAGUAUUCUUCUUUUUGGUGUUUGUUUCGGACAUUCAAAUUCAAAUCGUCAAUCGAUAAAAAUAAUCAAAAUAUUAAUUGCUUCAUUUAUUUUUUCAUCUAUUUAUACAACUAGUCAAGCUGUAUUAGAAUUUCGUAGAGAUACUCGACCUAUACAAUUUCAAACAACUUAUUAUAAUCUUUAUUCACAUGGUGGAAUGAAAUUUUUGUUUAUAUCAAGUUCAAUUUUUCUUAUCUUAUAUUUAAUUAUCUUCACGCUAUGGUGUUUAUGUCGUCGACAACAGAAAUUUUUACCAAUUCGUCGAUCGUUUUAUUUCUAUUGUUUUGUUUUGAUUUUUGUUAAUAUGAUUCAAGUUAUUGGCGCAAUGCUGAAUUUAACAGAAACAACAAUAUGGAGCAUGUGCAUUGUUGAAGGUAUGACAUGUAUAUUUUAUACGUGCUUUGCUCCAUUUGUCUAUUAUCAAUUUCUUCGUCGAGUUCUAAGUUCAAAAUUACUUAUUCCAGAAAUAUUGUAUGCUGAUUCAACAUUAACAAAUAAUGAUGAAGAUGAUGAACUUAUCGAUACUGGUGCUAAUCCAUUCUAUAAUAAUUCAACAGAUGAAAAACUUGAUGGUCAGUUUGAAGAUAUAACAUCUUCAACAAAUAUAAUUCAACCAGUUUUGUAA